UCUUUACGGACGGGCGAAUCGGACUGAGGAGGAGCGCGAUUCUUGCACGUGUCUGUGUUUACAUUCUGUGUGAAACCUUGUUGUGUUCUUUGAGGGGGGGGAGAUGGAGCGAUUGGCCGUGCUGGAGCUGUACAGCGGCAUUGGCGGGAUGCACUACGCACUGAAAGAGAGCGGCGUGGAUGCCGAGGUGGUGGCAGCCGUGGACGUGAACACCACGGCCAAUGAGAUCUACAGACACAACUUCCCCGCCACACCACUGUGGUCCAAAACCAUAGAGUGCAUUACCCUGGACGAGUUCAACAAGCUGCAGUUUGACAUGAUUUUAAUGAGCCCACCGUGCCAACCCUUCACCAGAAUCGGAUUGCAAGGCGACAUCUCCGACCCGAGAACCAAGAGCUUCCUUUACAUCCUCCAGCUUCUGCCAAGACUGACCAAACGCCCUCAGUUCCUGCUGCUCGAGAAUGUCAAAGGAUUUGAGACCUCCUCUGCCAGGGGCUCCUUGGUGAAAACACUUAAGGAUUGUGGGUACAUUUAUGAAGAGUUUCUGCUCUCUCCUACUAAUCUGGGGAUCCCGAACUCUCGACUGCGUUAUUUCCUCAUCGCCAGGACACUUCCAGGAAAAUUCUCCUUCCCGGCAACCUCAGAGCCCCAGAUCCUGGAGACAUUCCCAGAUGUUGCUACUAGUGAAUCUGUUCCUGAGAGACCCCGUCCCACCAGUGUCAGCAAGCAGGAUCAAGAGAGACAGAUCCUGUACAAGCUGGAGACACCCAGUGAACUGGAGCGGAAGCGGUCCCAGAACAGCGAUGGGUCCAUUCGAGUCCUGCAGGAGUACCUGCAGGAGGAGACGGAGCUGGAGGAUGUGGGGCAGUUCCUGCUGCCACCAAAGACCCUGCUGCGAUAUGCCCUUGUCAUGGACAUUGUCCAGCCCACCUGCAGGAGGUCUGUCUGUUUCACCAAGGGGUAUGGACACUAUGUGGAAGGCACUGGUUCAGUCCUGCAGUCCUGCAUGAACGUUGAGAUGGAGGAGGCAUUCAGGUGCCUGGACUCACUGUCGGAGGAGGAGAAGCUGAAGCAGCUGUCAAAGCUGAGGCUGCGGUACUUCACCCCACGAGAGAUCGCAAACCUGAUGGGCUUCCCCGCACAUUUCGGUUUCCCGGAGAAGACCUCCAUCAAACAGCAGUAUCGAGUGCUGGGGAACAGUCUCAACGUGCACGUUGUGGCCAGACUCAUCAAACUCAUGGUGCAGUAGAGCCAAGACAUC